UACAUAUUGUUGUUGGAUUUGCUGAUUUAAAAAGAAGAAGAAUAAAAAAGUUUGCUUCUCUGACGUCGUGUGUCGUGUAUAAAACAGGAAAAUUGUGCGAAAAUGACGGCAACGGAAUUACAAAAAAUUGAUAUUUCGGGCGAUGGUGGAGUACAGAAAGAAAUACUUAAGGAAGGUAAUGGAGAUGAAACGGCAUGCAUUGGGUGCAUCGUGUCAUUACAUUAUACAGGCCGUUUAACGGACGGUUCGGUGUUCGAUUCCAGUGUAGAUCGUGGAGAACCUUUCGAAUUUGAAUUAGGCAAAGGCAGUGUGAUCAAGGCCUUUGAUUUGGGUGUAGCUACAAUGAAAUUAGGUGAAAAAUGUUACCUAACUUGUGCCCCCAAUUAUGCCUACGGUGCUGCGGGAAGUCCUCCUAGUAUUCCGCCGAAUUCUACAUUAAUUUUUGAGCUGGAAAUGUUGGGUUGGAAGGGUAAAGAUAUAAGCCCAGAACAAGACAAAAGUAUUGAAUACUAUGUUUUGGAAAAAAGCGAUAAACGUCGAUCCCCAAAAGACGGCUCGUCGGUCAAAGUUCAUAUUACUGGAAAAUAUGACGGUAAUGUUUACGAAGAUCGCGAGGUACAAUUCGUGUUUGGCGAAGGUAGCGAUGCUGAUAUCUUAGACGGUGUUGAAAUAGCCGUUGGUAAAAUGGUUAUAGGAGAGGUGGCUAAAAUUAAAAUUAAGCCGAUAUAUGCUUUUGGCAUAAAAGGUUGCCCUGAACAUAACAUUCCACCAAAUGCUACCGUGGAGUACACAAUUAAAUUAAUAGAUUGCGAAAAGGGUCUUGAGGAUUGGAAACUAAGUGAUAACGAACGUCUGGAACAAGCGAAGAUUUACAAAGAAAAGGGAACAACAUAUUUUAAAAAGCAGGACUAUCCUUUAGCUAUAAAAAUGUAUAAAAAGUGUGUCAGCUUCUUGGAAAAUAAUAGUGACAAUGAAAGCAAUAAAGUAAAAGUCGCUGCCAUCAGCAAUCAAGUGCUUUGUUAUCAGAAAACUAAUCAAGAACAUGCUGGCAAACAAGCGUGUAACGAAGUAUUGGAAUUGGAACCAAGGAACAUAAAAAUCUUGUAUCGCCGCGGUCAAUGUAAUUUAGCUAUUAACGAAUGCGAGGAGGCCUUAAGUGAUUUCCAACAUGUUAUGCAACUUGAUCCUUCAAAUAAAGCUGCCCAAAAUCAGAUAUUACUAUGCAAGCGUAAAAUUAAAGAAGCUAACGACAAAGAAAAGAAGAUUUAUGCCAAUAUGUUUUCUAAACUCGCGGCCAACGACAAACAGCAAGAACCGGAAGAUGAGCCGGAUAUUUUAGCCAAAUGUGGAGAGUGGACCGACGAAGAUACCAAACGAGAAGUCGAUCGUGCUUUCGAACGUGAUAAUAACAUUGUCAUGAUAUAAAUUACCCACCGCAGCAUAAAUAAAACAGAUAUACAUGGUACGAACUCAUUAUAAAUAAAAUUAAUUUACAAUGAAAGUAAAGCAGCCAGCCAGAA